ACAAACAACAAAGAGUGCUCACCUUUAAUCUGCAUACCAUGACCACCCAGAAAAGCACCCAGCUUCACCGCGAGAGGGCCCUCGGCCUCCUCACCCAGCAUCCCCUCAUCGACUCGCACGUCGAUCUGCCCUAUGUCAUGAGAGCCUUGGAUAGAGAACCCGUGCGCACCGUCAAGCUCGUCAGAGAGACGUUUCCCGGCCAUGUAGAUGUCCCCAGGAUGCGACAAGGCAAACUGGGUGGGCUUUUCAUGAGCUGCUGGCUCCCGGUUCGCCCCGGGGACGACUUUUUGAACCCUUCCAACGAUGUCAGGGAUGCCCUCGAGCUCAUUGACCUCGUGCAGCUUCUGAUGAAGGAAUCGGACUUUCAAUACGCUCGUAGCUCGCAAGAUAUUCGCGAUGCGUUCAGAGCGGGCAAAAUCGCGACCAUGAUCGGAGUCGAGGGAGGCCAUAUGCUAGGCAACUCGCUGUCGGUUCUGAGAAUAUGGGCCCAACUGGGUGUACGCUACAUGACCCUUACGCACACGUACCACAACGCUUUCGCGUCUUCUGCGGGAUCGGGUCAGCCACUUGAGCCUGUCCAUCCUGGCAACGGUCUGUCUGAUCUCGGCGGUGAACUGAUCAAGGAGAUGAAUCGACUAGGGAUCAUGGUCGACAUUUCCCACGUCUCGGACGAGACUAUGCGUCAAGCCAUCGGAUUGUCCAAAGCCCCGGUCAUCUUUUCUCAUUCCAACGCCCGCGCUGUGUGCGACCACCCUCGAAAUGUACCGGAUGAUGUGUUGGACAUGGUCGGAAGCGGGCCCGGAAAGAACAGUGGCGUUGUGCAGUGUGUCUUUUACCCCGAAUUCACCGACCCCGUCGACCCUUGUCUGGUCAAGGUCGCAGACCAUAUCGAGUAUCUGGCCAAAAAAUGCGGCAAAGCCCACGUCGGGAUCGCCUCCGACUUUGACGGCAUGGAACACGCAGUCAGAGGACUUGAAGACGCUAGCAAAUACCCCGACCUCAUCGCCGAACUCUACGCCCGGGGAUGGACGGAUGAAGAGCUGAUUGGGCUUAUUGGAGGCAACCUCAUGCGCGUGAUGGAUGAAGUAGACGCGGUCCAGAAGAGCAUGGAGGGGCAAGAAGCCUCGGCGGCCAUAUAUGAACGAAGGACCGACCUGCCGUCCAACUAUCCCGAGUAUCUACCUGACGCUGUGCGAGAGUAUCUCAAUAUCUAGAGGGAUG